GCGGCAGAGUGAGGAGCGGCGUGGGACGGCGUGGGGGACUCAGAUUCGGCCUGUGACACCCCCGCAUGCGCCGACCGGCUCGGUAGCGGCGGCCCCGAUGCUGCUGCAGCCCUCGUGUGCCUCAAGUGUGUUCCCGCGGCCACCCGCCGCUCCCAGCGCCAUGCACGGCUCGCAGAAGGACACCACGUUCACCAAGAUCUUCGUGGGCGGCCUGCCCUACCACACCACCGACGCAUCGCUCCGAAAGUACUUCGAGGGCUUCGGAGACAUCGAAGAGGCCGUGGUCAUCACCGACCGCCAGACCGGCAAGUCCCGCGGCUACGGCUUCGUGACCAUGGCAGAUCGGGCAGCAGCUGAUAGGGCUUGUAAAGACCCUAAUCCUAUUAUCGAUGGCCGCAAGGCCAAUGUGAACCUGGCCUACCUGGGUGCCAAGCCUAGGAGUCUGCAGACUGGCUUUGCGGUUGGUGUGCCACAGCUACACCCCACCUUGAUCCAGCGCACCUAUGGGCUGACUCCCCACUACAUCUACCCACCAGCCAUUGUGCAGCCCAGCGUGGUGAUCCCUGCCACCCCUGUCCCGUCACUGUCUUCGCCCUACCUUGAGUAUACACCAGCCAGCCCAGCCUACGCCCAGUAUCCUCCAGCCACCUACGACCAGUACCCGUACGCUGCCUCGCCUGCCACAGCCACCAGCUUCGUGGGCUAUGGCUACCCCACAGCCAUGCCCCCAGCCUUGUCUGCCGCUGCACCUGCAGGCACCACCUUUGUGCAGUACCAGACACCUCAGCUACAGCCCGACAGGAUGCAGUGAGGCGUGUCCUGCCCAGGGUCACAGCCACCACCUGCCAGCCUCGGGAGCCACCAGCACUUGGGUCUCCUCAGGCCCCUGAGCCCACCUGCCCUGAAGGCACCAGCAAGCUUCUUCUGCAGCCCUGCUGGGCUUGAGAAGGAAGGGUACACUCAUUGGGACCUCUGCAGCCACUCCAUGCCAGGUGCCUUAGUCUGGGAUGUCCUUCCUCUUCUUUGGGAACUAGCCUGUGGGUGGAUCCGGGCUCCCGGAACCCCGCCCAGCUGCCCUUCAGUCAAAGCACUGUGCCAUGUCCUGUUGGGAAUGUUCUGCUCUGGAGGCAAGACCACCAUCACCAAGAAUCCCAAACCCAUUUUUUACUUAGAGACUGGCUUUGGUCGAUAGUUCCCUGUGGAGACAAUGACAGUAUUUCUCUGUGACAGUGUCACUGACAGCCUCCAUGGAGCUCUUCCUCCCCUACAGGGUGGCCAUCACCAGACAGGAGCCCUGCAGGGCCCUGGGCUCCUGUCUGUCUGACACUGUCCAUGUCACCUGCAGAGGUGCCCGUAAGGGCAGAUUCUCAGGUGUCUGUUGCUGUGCCAUUGAGGCCUUCUUCCUGGCCCUGGCCCUCAAGGCAGGCUCUGUGCCCACCCACCUCCCAUUGUCACCUGUGUGCCAGUCUGGGAGCAUGACCUAGAUGCACAGGAAGAAAAGUUCUAGCCCACAUCUGGGAGGGGUGAAGUGGGCAUCUGGCAGCGCAAGCUGCCCGCAGGCUGGGCAGUGGGUCCCUCCACACCUACCUCAGGGAGCCAGUGUGUAGGCACUCCGCAGCAUGCCUGUUAGUCAGGGCCUGGAGGACAGAGGGAGUAAUGUUAUAAUAAUAUUUUUAUUAGAAUGUUCUGAUUAUAAAAAUAA